AUGGCAAUCCCGCCAGUUGCCAAGCGCGUCGGGGACCAUAUCUUCCGAUACUUCCCCCACUCCGCUGUGUUGUUGGUCGAUAACAAGAAGCUGGAGGAGGCCGUCAAGGGGAAGUCUCGCGACCCGGUGGUUCAGGUUCAUUAUGCGAUAGCUGAACAUUUUUCCUUUGAACUGGUAUGGCAUCAAGGUUGUGUGGUUCAGACUCAGGAGGGUCCAAAAAGUUUGGAAACCUUCCAUGAAGACUUGUAG